GCGCGGACGAUCCUGACAGUCGCCGCUGCAACGAAUGGAGGCGGACGGGCGGGAGAGGCAGCGCCGAGGAACCGUUCUGAUCGCUCCCUCCGUCGGAUGCUGUGAGGAUUAUCUUCCCGGAGCGACGCCCGCCUGGAGAUAACCGGCACCGUUUUUAUUUUUUAUUUUUUGAUCUGCCCUCCCUCUGUUUGUUUUUCUUUUCCUCUUUUUUUUUUUUUUAAAGCCCCGUUUAAAAAAAACAGGGCGUGUGUGUGUGCGGGUCUGAAGCCAGUCUCGUGCGCCUGGACGCCGGGAUCUAUGGUGUUUUAGAGGCGUCGCGCUGGUUUCCGCUCGGUCUGGCUUGAAGGACGCGGUGGAGGAUGGGCUGCACGCUGAGCACCGAGGACAAGGCGGCGGUGGAGCGCAGCAAGAUGAUCGACCGGAACCUGCGGGACGACGGGGAGAAGGCGGCCCGGGAGGUCAAGCUGCUCCUGCUGGGUGCUGGCGAAUCAGGGAAAAGCACAAUCGUCAAGCAGAUGAAGAUCAUCCACGAGGCGGGCUACUCAGAAGAGGAGUGCAAGCAGUACAAGGCCGUGGUCUACAGCAACACCAUCCAGUCCAUCAUCGCCAUCAUCAGGGCCAUGGGCCGCCUCAAGAUCGACUUCGGCAACGCCGCCAGAGCUGACGACGCGCGGCAGCUGUUCGUGUUGGCCGGCUCGGCCGAGGAGGGCUUCAUGACGGCCGAGCUGGCCGGCGUCAUCAAGCGGCUGUGGAAGGACGGGGGAGUUCAGGCCUGCUUCGUCCGCUCCCGGGAGUAUCAGCUCAACGACUCCGCCGCAUACUAUCUGAACGACCUGGACAGGAUAUCCCAGGCCACCUACAUCCCCACCCAGCAGGACGUCCUGAGGACCCGGGUCAAGACCACCGGCAUCGUGGAGACGCACUUCACCUUCAAGGACCUGCACUUCAAAAUGUUUGACGUUGGAGGUCAGAGGUCAGAGAGGAAGAAGUGGAUCCACUGCUUCGAGGGCGUGACCGCCAUCAUCUUCUGCGUGGCGCUGAGCGACUACGACCUGGUGCUGGCCGAGGACGAGGAGAUGAACCGGAUGCACGAGAGCAUGAAGCUGUUCGACUCCAUCUGCAACAACAAGUGGUUCACCGACACCUCCAUCAUCCUCUUCCUCAACAAGAAGGACCUGUUCGAGGAGAAGAUCAAGAAGAGCGCGCUCACCAUCUGCUACCCCGAGUACGCCGGCUCCAACACGUACGAGGAGGCGGCCGCCUACAUCCAGUGUCAGUUCGAGGACCUGAACAAGAGGAAGGACACCAAGGAGAUCUACACCCACUUCACCUGCGCCACCGACACCAAGAACGUGCAGUUCGUGUUCGACGCCGUCACCGACGUCAUCAUCAAGAACAACCUGAAGGACUGCGGCCUCUUCUGAGGGCGGCGGGGCGCCGCAGCGGGACCUUUUUACUCCUGGCGCUGAAGCCAGAUUUUCUUGCGUCUUGGGUGGAGAAGACGAGACGUUCGGGGAGGAUCAGUCACGGACCAGUGCUGUACUAUGCGCCACUUUUAAAAACAGCUCUAUUUAUGUUUUCGCCUUGGAACGUUUUGAACUUAGCGUUGCAACAUUUGUGUAGGUUGUUUGUGUCAUUGUAAAAGCGUCUUUUUGUUUUUUUUGUUCUGGAGGAGAAAGAGGAGAUCAAUCUUACCGUUUCUCACUGUCUUCUGGAAAAGGAACCUUUGCUGUUGGUGGAAAUGCUUCUUUUAUUUCCUCCCUUUAUGUAUACAUAUAUAAAAAAAGAAGAGAAAAAAAAGGAUCGGGGAGGGGGGGGUAAGAAAAAAGGAGGCGCGGCGACCCGGAGUCCAGUCUGUUGGUUCUUGUGCCUUGGCAUGAAUUUCCCGCGGUCGUCGUCCCGAUGCUCGUUCUGUUGCCUGCUGAUUGUUCUAGACCUCAGAGGUGAAGUGUCUUCAUGUUGGUGUCUCUGCUGUCUCCUCUGUGUCCCCCGCCUCCCCCCGCUGAGCUGUCAGGAGGACAGUGGUCUCUCCUCUGCAGGUACAUGGGUCCUCCUCCAUCCUGACCGGCAUGUAGCCUCCACAGACCCCCCACCCCGCCCAGACCACCCCCCCCCCCCCCCUCAGUACCAUGCUGAGAUGUACAUCCUUACUUUUACUCCACAAACGUGGGCUUCUGGUUUUUAAAGUGUAUAAACUCACAUCCAUUGGGGAAAAUGGCGGCGAUGCUCAAGCGUUUAUAGUACAAAGCGCCGAGUCGGCGCAUUUCACUGUAAAUUUUAAGGCGUUGUGAGGAGAGAAGCCGAAGCACAGAGGAGAUCAUCGUUCAGGUGAGGUCUGGAGUUCAGACUCUGCUCCGUGAUCCUCACGAGCGAUGGCAAGGGAAGAGUUUAACCUCAGGUAACAGAAGCUGAGAAGGUGGAUGAAGCCGGGUCUGUGAUUCUGCUUUUACCGAGAGAAGUGGUGGAAACUUCGGUCCCGGAUCGGUUCAUGGAAAAAGAAACUGCCACAACCGUAAAUGUAUGUGUACGUUCUCCGAGAACGGAGGAUCUUUGUAGACUCAUCUCCCUUAUUUUGCUAAUAAAAAGCAUUUACAAAGCA